CAACCAAAUCAUACAUUGUCCACGACAUUCUUUAGUCUGACCUGACCAACAUUUACACACCCCGCGUUACAUCAGUCAGCAAUUUUCGUGUUCUGUAUUUGAUUUUUUUUGGUUCGAAUUUGUAAUGCGUCCGAAUUCGAAUGCUGCAUCGGAUACAUUGUCCGAAAUUUCAGAAGCUAGUACGACAGGCACUGAAAGAAGCAGUUGUUAUAGUAGUGAUUAUCGAGAUGAAUUACAAGAGUUUGCCACGUCAUUGGGAUUUAACAACGUCAAAGAUCUUCCCACCGAACGAUUCAGGGUAAAUAGGAAGAAACUAGAACUCAUGUUAUUAGGAAAGGCGGAUUGCGCUAAAUCGGCUCAAGAAUUUUUCGAAAAAAUAAUGAAAGAAACUAAAACUCUUAUAUUAUGGCCGAGUCGCCUAAAGAUUGGAGCAAAAUCAAAGAAAGAUCCGCAUAUAAAAAUCGCAGGCCUAAUGAACAACGUGAAAAGCGCCAAAGAGCAAGUCAUGGCUGUACUUGACACUAGGGUACCCAAUAUUUACAGUAACAGAGUAACGAUGAAAUUGGACGUUAGUUACACAGAUCACUCUCAUAUUAUUGGAAAAGGUGGUUCGAGAAUUAAAAAAGUCAUGGAAGAAACCAGUUGCCAUAUUCACUUUCCCGACUCGAACCGAAGUAACGAAGAAGAAAAAAGUAAUCAGGUUUCCAUCGCUGGGGAAAUGGCUAAUAUUGAAAAAGCCAGAGCACGUGUCAGAGAGCUGACGCCGUUGAUAUUUUGUUUCGAGUUACCGAACGUUGGAACCAUUCAACAAUUUCCGGAACAAACUUCUUCAAUUGUACUGAGUACAAUACAAGAGAAUUACAACGUGCAAGUGAUGUUUCGUACGAGAGCUAAACUGCAUUCUACGUUGGUGAUGGUGAAAGGUUGCGAAUUGGACAUGAGGAAAGUUAAAGAAGCAACUUUAAGUUUGAUUAGUCUAAUGUGUGGAAAAUUCGCUAGUUCAGUCAAGAUUCAAAUGAUGAUGGAAAUAUCACCGCAGUAUCACAGUUUAGUUUUGGGUGCCAACCACCAAAACUUGAAGACUAUAAUGCAACGUACAAGAGUACAAGUCAUGUUUCCUGAUCCUAGAAAUCCGUGUACACCUUCUUUGAAAAAGAGCAGUGUAACGAUAACCGGCAGCUCAAUUGAUGAUGUGUAUCUUGCCAGACAAAUGCUAUUGGGAUCAUUACCUUUAGUAUUGAUGUUCGAUUUAACGUCAGAGGUGGUAUCUUUAAAUCCAGAAACGUUGGAUGAAAUAAUGCAAUCUCUUGACGUUUACAUAUCUAUAAGAUUCAAACACAAACAGAAUAUUUAUUCUGUAGUAAUCAAAGGUUUAGAAAGAAACGCAACCAACAUUUACGAGGCACGUCGUAUAUUAACCGGAUCAAGAGAUAAGCCAAUUAAGGCAGUGCUUCCUUCAACUUACAAAGCUCCUGGAGCAGUGCCUUCAUUUCUCAAAAGCUUUGCGACUACAGGUAGUUUCCAAAAUCUACCUAGUUUGCCGAUUGGAAAUAACAGAACCGGAUUCCCUCAUCUACAACAAACGCCCCAUUCUGUUUUCAUACCAUCGUUUUUCUCGCCCAUCACCGUGCUUGGAACAUCAUUUCAAACACCAACAAAUAGUCCACGUCCUCUCAGAGAUACAACCCCCGAUACAAGUUUCGAAUCACCGACCGAUACGGGCACAGCUAUAAAAAUUCCUCAAAAUAACUCGACGUCAUGUGAUGUAGGCCUACUUUCCUCAAUGCGACUUCCGUAUUCGUUUUCGUUGCCAGACGUCAGAGACAGUUUGACAGCAGGCCAUUCGUCGUUGAGUAGUAACACCAGUUCUUUAUCAAGUCCAGCAGCUAGUCCACGAACUACAUCUCCAUCUCAGAGUUUAAUGGAAAAUAAAUUAGAUAUAAGCGACGAUAGGAAAGCUCCAGGAUUUGAAAGAAGUAUAGGAAAUAUUGGUUUACCAGAUUUACAAAAUCUGAGAAUUAAAGCUGCUCAAGCUAUGCAAGGAGUGCCCAGUCGAACCCAAGUUCGCAUACCGACUACUACAUGGUCUGGAUACGGGUUUAGUCAGUCUAGUCCUUCAUCUAUGCUCCGUAACCAAAAGAAAGAGGAAGUAACGAACACAGAAGAAGAAAUAAACAGUAACACCAAAAGUUUUUUCAAUGAUAGUGUAGAUAGCAACAGUCAAAAUUUCUCUGCCAGCAAUUACCUCGAUGCAGCCGCCAGUACAACAUUUAAUGUUGUUACAUCUUCAAAUUACCAUGAUCUCCCAGUUCAUUUAGCAUCUCUCGGUUUACAAAAAUAUAUUCAAUUGUUCAAAUCACAUGAAAUAGAUCUUAGCACCUUCCAAACAUUGACAGAAGCUGAUCUUCGUGAAAUAGGAGUCCAUGCUCUUGGAGCACGAAAAAAAAUGAUGCUCUUCAUUUCUGAACUUAAAAAACGAGAAAAUUUAAAUGUAUUCAGAGGUAGCGCCGCUCCUGGAGCAGAGAGAAAGAGUUCAACAUCUACGUCCAGUCCUCAAAAUGAUUCUUGGUAAAAAAAAAUCUUUGUCAAUGGUAUUUAUUAAAUGUGAGAGUAAAUUCUCUUUAUUGUAUUUAAUUAAUUUAUUUUUUAUAUUUAUUUAUUUCAUAUUUAUUAUUUUUUAUAAAAUUAAUUUAUUAGAAAAUGUAAUUGUAUUUUGAUCGGAUCAUUAUUUAAAUCAGGGUUCGAGUUUCUAUUGAGCCGCUUGAAAGUUUUAGUACAACUAUCUGAAUGUUUUUUUUUUUAUUAUUAUUUAUUUAUUUAUUAGUCCAUUUAACAAAAAGGUUUAAUUUCCAAAUUACAUCGAAGGGAAUAAUUUUAUAGUAAACGUUCACAAAAUUAAAGAAAAAAAGAAUAUUUUAUUUCCGUUAGACAUCAGAAAGAAAAAAUUUGGAUAUGUUUUUAAGAUAUUUUAUUUAAAACGCUAACAAAUUUAUACAGCUUUUAUACCAAGAAAAAAUUAAAAUUAAAAUUUCAACUCAUAAGACAGUUUAAAACGAUGACAUUAUUUAUUGAAAGAAUGCAUGGACCGGUCGUAUCUGUUUCUUGUGAAAUUUUUUAUGCAUUUCGUAUUUGUAUCGAUAAGAUGCUUAAAUUAUUUAUGUAAACUUAAUCGUAGUAUUUAUUCUAUCGUUGAUGCAAGUUUAACAUAAGAUUUCAGAAAAAUUAAAUUAGAAUAGCUUAUGUAGGUACUUCAAUUUAAUUUUUUUUGGGCAAUACUCGAUAUUUAUGUUUCCCAAACUACUUAAUUUUUCUACAUUACUGCAUCUUUUUACUUUUAUUUCUGUUUUUGUUGCAUGUCGAAAAAUAAAAAAAUAAAAAAAAAGUAAAAUAACGCUGUCAA